AUGAAGGCUGCUGCAACUGGACGGUUUCUUCUGGUGCUCAUGGCUUGCAGCGUGCAUGCUGUCACCCGCAGCAGCAGCAACACCACUCCUGGGAACCAAACAGAUCGACUAUCACUGCUUGAAUUCAAGAACUCGAUCAGUUUGGAUCCACAGCAAGCAUUGGCUUCUUGGAAUGACAGCACUCAUUUCUGCAAUUGGGAAGGUGUCACGUGCAGGACGACAAGCAAUCGUGUCACUAAUCUUGAUCUUGGAAAUCGAGGUUUAGUCGGCCAAAUAUCUCCUUCGCUCGGAAACCUGACAUUCCUGAAACAGCUGUCCCUAGCAACAAACAGAUUCAGUGGACAAAUCCCAGCAGCCCUUGGCCAGUUGCAUCGCCUCCAAACCCUCUACUUGAGUAACAACACGUUACAUGGAGUUAUACCUACUUUUGGAAACUGUUCCAAUCUGGAGAUACUAUGGCUCAAUGGGAACAAUCUCGUUGGAGGAUUUCCGGACCUGCCACUUGGACUUAAACAGCUGGAGCUUGGAUCUAACAAUCUUUCAGGCACCAUCCCUCCUUCUCUUGCCAAUAUCACAACACUUAAGGUGUUGGGCUUCAAUUACAAUAGCAUUGAGGGAAACUUCCCACAUGAGUUUGCGAAGUUUCCGGAGCUACAGCGUCUGCACACUGGUGACAACCAUUUGGUAGGUAGUUUUCCACAGGCCAUCCUGAAUCUUUCAACCCUCGUUUCCUUUCGUAUUGCAAUGAACGAUUUAAGCGGCGAGGUGCCACCUGGCCUAGGUAGCUCUCUUCCCAACCUCCAAAUUCUUCUAAUAGACUACAACUUUUUCCAUGGUCACAUCCCUUCCUCGUUGGCCAAUGCAUCAGAUCUGCGCAUGAUUGAUAUGUCAAACAACAGUUUCACUGGCGUGAUCCCUAGUUCCAUUGGCAAACUUGGCAAUCUCUACGGGCUGAAUCUUGAGUUAAAUAAACUUAAAGCUCGUAACAGUCAAGACUGGGAGUUUAUUUACAGCUUAGGCAACUGUAGUAAGCUACAAGGAUUAUCAGUAGUUGACAAUCAGCUAGAAGGCCACGUACCAACUUCAUUAGGUAACCUUUCUGUUGAACUGCAGAUAUUAUUACUGGGGAAUAAUCAAUUAUCAGGUGGUUUUCCUUCUGGCAUCGCAAACCUUCGCAACCUGUUUUGGUUAGGACUAGGUGGGAAUCAAUUUACAGGCAAGGUUCCAGAAUGGCUUGGAACUCUAAACAGUUUACAAGUGAUGAAUUUAGGUAACAACAACUUCACUGGGUUUAUUCCAUCAUCCCUUUCGAACUUGUCUCAGCUAUUAUAUCUCUAUCUUGAAUCCAACAAAUUCGAAGGGCAUUUACCUGCAAGCAUAGGAAAUCUUCAAAAUCUUCAACUAUGUGACUUUUCAAAUAACCUUCUUCAUGGUGGUAUUCCCAAAGAGAUGUUUGGAAUUCCAGCAAUCCUUCAUAUUGAUUUAUCUGUAAACCACCUGCAUGGGCAACUCCCUUAUGAAGUAGGCUAUGCCAAGGAGCUCAUAUAUUUGAAUCUUUCGUCAAAUAUGCUGUUUGGAGACAUUCCAACCAAUAUAGGUAAUUGUGAAAACUUGCAGUACAUUGGGUUGCAACAGAAUAGUUUCGGAGGAAGCAUACCCGUUUCACUAGGCAACAUAAGGGGUCUAGAAGUUCUGGACUUGUCUCACAAUAAUUUGACCGGGUCAAUACCGAUGUCCCUCACAAACCUCCAAUACCUUGAGCAACUAGAUUUGUCAUUCAACAACAUCAGCGGUCAGGUCCCAUUGAAAGGGAUAUUCAGUAAUGUGACUGCUGUGAGGAUUGAUGGAAAUCCAGGGCUUUGUGGUGGGCCAUUGGAGCUACACCUACUCGCAUGCCAUGUCAUGCCUGCUAAUUCAAGUAAGCAGAGGCAUUCCAUUGUACAAAAAGUAGUGAUCCCAUUAUCUUGCAUUUUGUCCCUUGCUAUAGUCAUAACUGUAAUGGUUGUCUGGAGAGGAAAACAAAAGACAAAUCUGUUAUCUUUGCCCUCAUUCAGUAGCAAAUUUCCCAAAGUUUCAUACAACGAUCUCGCUGGAGCAACAUGCGGGUUCUCAUCAUGCAAUUUGAUUGGCAAAGGAAGAUAUUCUUCCAUGUAUAAAGGAGAACUCUUCCAAGACAAAACCAUGGUUGCUGUCAAAGUUUUUCGCCUAGAGACAUGGGGGGCACAAAAGAGCUUCAUUGCAGAAUGUAAUGCUCUACGAAAGGUGCGGCACCGAAAUCUAGUUCCUAUACUCACUGCAUGCUCUAGUAUUGAUUCCAAUGGAAAUGAUUUCAAAGCCUUAGUCUAUGAGUUCAUGACACAAGCAUCGUCCUCCACUUAUUUAAUGUCGUCUUCUGUCGCUAUUAUGGGAACAAUAGGGUAUAUUCCUCCAGAGUGUGCUGCAGGCGGAGCUGUUUCAAGUGCUGGGGAUGUAUACAGCUUCGGGAUUGUUCUACUUGAAAUAUUUUUGCGAAGGAGGCCAACUGAUGAUAUGUUCAAUGGUGAGAUGAACAUUACAAAAUUUGUUGAGAUGAACUUUCCUGACAGGAUACCACAGAUAAUAGAUCCUGAACUACUAGUAGAGCAACAACAUUUAUGUCCAGAAACUUCAGUGGCCAUGAAGGAGAAAAGCUUGGAGUGUUUGCUUUCAGUCCUAAACAUUGGGCUUCUCUGCACCAAGCCGUCCCCGAAUGAGCGCGUCUGCAUGCAGGAAGUCACUGCAAGGUUGCACGGAAUCAAGAAAGCAUAUAUAUCAUAG